AUGGAUCCACAAACCCCGACUUCAGCGACGCACACCGUGUCGCGUUCACGUGGUAAACAGCCGGGCGAAUCCCUUUACAACGCUAAACUAAGGAAGAUGAGGAAGGCCAAAGGGCAAACGAGAUCCUCCGAUGAAUCCGAAUCUGAGGAUGAGAUUGAGCCAGGCGCUGUGGUUCUACAUAAGAUGUUCAACCGUAAAGUCAUCUUACAUGCCGAUAAGACUGUUACCAAGUCUGGCAAACGUAUAGCUCUGGGCGAGGCAGAGGCGCUGAAAGUCGCUGCUCAAACUGGAAUACCAGACCCAUGCGUCCGUGAAGUGCACACAACUCCUGACGGUCGGGGUCACAUACGUAUGGACUAUAUACAAGGCCAACCUCUUGAUAAACUGUGGCCCGACAUGUCGGUUCAACAGAAGAAAGAUAUCACGCGGCAGCUUCGGGAACUGGUAGAAAAGAUGAGAUCGUUGACUCCUCCCGCCCAUCUUAUCGGGGCUUGUGACGGCAUCGAAAUCCGGGACACGAGGCUAUACUUCACCUACCAUUCCCCGCCUUGUCGUGAUGAGAAGGCCUUCAACGAGUUUUUGCUAUCGUCCCUCUACAAACACACACCCCCGCUCGUGCGAGAAGCCUUCUCACGGCGACUGCGAACCAAUCAUCGCGUUGUCUUUACCCAUUGCGAUCUCACGCCGAGGAACAUCCUGGUUCAAGACCAAAAGAUUCAAGGACUUGUUGACUGGGAGGACAGCGGGUGGUAUCCAGAGUAUUGGGAAUAUGUCAAGUUUUUCCAGCGUAAUUCUGAUAAGGACUGGAAACAGUAUGCUGAAGAUAUUUUCCCUGAGCUGUAUCAUGACGAACUCGUCGAUUUUAUUGCCAUGUCCAAGUGGCAGAACUCGCAGCUAUAA